AUGUCGGGUCUUGACUCACCGGUUAUUGAGCUUUCCUCGAUCGUCGUUGAGUCGUCGAUUUACGGGUUAUUUUUUGUUGCAUUUCUUGCAUGUCAUUACGUGCUCCUUUCACGACGGCGUACUCGGUUUCAGGGGAAGUUGCACCUGAAGACCCCUGAUGUCAACUGGGCUCUGUUAGUGCUUGCAAUUAUCACCUUCAUGCUCGUCUCAGUGCAUUGGUCGCUAGACAUCAUGAGGCUGAUCAGGGCCUUCAUACAAACCCCUGCACAACAGGGCAUGAGUGGUGCCCAGUGGUACUACGCCGACAUUUCCGCCAAGUCGCAGCUUGCCAAGUUAUGCAUCCUCUUCGUCGAAGAAAGUCUGGCGGAUUCGUUGUUGGUAUGGCGUUUGUGGGUUAUAUGGAACAAAAACACGCGUAUAUGCGCUCUUCCAAUAUUCACCGUGCUCGGCUGGCUAGUUACCUCCAUCGGCGAGAUUUCUCACCUGGCUGCUCCCAUCCGAACUACAUCCUUUCAUUCCACAGCAGGACAGCACUGGAUGAACUCUGCCUUUGCGAUGACGUUCACGACGAACAUCUACUGCUCAGAGAGCGCCGCUACAUACACGGGUAUCGCUCUCGCAUCAUGGAUCACCUACGGAGUUAAGACGAGCCUGCAAUUCCUCGUCAUGAACGCCGCGCCUGCCAUCAUCGGCCUGAACUUCUACCUCGUCGUCAUUCGCGUCGGCCUCGGUUUCGGCUUCCAGCAUAGCGACGGCCUUCCGGGGGUGCCACCGCCACCCUCGGGGUUUGCCCGAACCGGUAGCUUGUUGUCGAUCAUGUCCAAGGUGCCGCCAAUACACGAAAAGAUGCCCGUGCAAACAUACCCCGACCCUGUCAAACCACCCAGAUACGCCCGUGAUGAGGACGAGGAAAAGGGGUCAAUAUACGAUAUCUUCAAGGCCUCGCCGUCGACUUGA